GAUGCAGUGUGGGGAAUGGCUGGGGUUGGCUGAAGAGCGCACAGUGGAGUUUUAAUGUCCGCCAUGUUGGCCAUGGCGUAUUGAAGAGAGCGAGCGAGAGAGGAGCGGAGCGGCACAGCCUCCCACCCUCCCGGCUGGUGUUAGUGCCCGGACGGCGGGCUCUGCGCUCCGCCCCUCAAGUCCCCGGCAGCGGUAGGCGAGUGGGGACCGAACCCCCGGUUCUCCAUGAUCCCGCUGGCCGGGGCCGUUUCCCCAGAGCGGAGAGGUAUCUGCUGCGCCUGAGAUGAGUAAACUGUCGUUUCGGGCGCGGGCGCUAGACGCCUCGAAGCCGCUGCCGGUUUUCCGCUGUGAGGAUCUGCCCGACCUGCACGAAUACGCCUCGAUAAACCGGGCCGUGCCGCAGAUGCCCACCGGAAUGGAGAAGGAAGAGGAGUCGGAACACCAUCUUCAGCGGGCUAUUUCAGCACAGCAGGUGUAUGGCGAGAAGAGGGAUAAUAUGGUCAUACCAGUCCCAGAGGCAGAAAGUAAUAUUGCUUACUAUGAGUCUAUAUAUCCUGGGGAAUUUAAGAUGCCAAAGCAGCUCAUUCACAUACAGCCUUUUAGUUUGGAUGCUGAACAGCCUGAUUAUGAUUUGGAUUCUGAAGAUGAAGUAUUUGUGAAUAAACUGAAAAAGAAAAUGGACAUCUGCCCAUUGCAAUUUGAGGAGAUGAUUGACCGUCUAGAAAAAGGCAGUGGUCAGCAGCCAGUCAGUCUGCAGGAAGCCAAGCUACUACUAAAAGAAGAUGAUGAAUUAAUUAGAGAAGUUUUUGAAUACUGGAUUAAAAAGAGAAAAAACUGUCGGGGGCCAUCUCUUAUCCCAUCAGUAAAACAAGAGAAACGGGAUGGUUCCAGCACAAAUGAUCCUUAUGUGGCUUUUAGAAGACGUACUGAAAAAAUGCAGACUCGAAAAAAUCGCAAAAAUGAUGAAGCCUCUUAUGAAAAAAUGCUGAAGCUGCGUCGAGAUCUGAGUCGGGCUGUUACUAUCCUAGAGAUGAUAAAAAGAAGAGAAAAGAGUAAAAGGGAACUAUUGCACUUAACACUGGAAAUUAUGGAAAAGAGGUAUAAUUUGGGUGACUACAAUGGAGAGAUCAUGUCUGAGGUUAUGGCACAGAGACAGCCAAUGAAACCGACCUAUGCCAUCCCCAUCAUCCCUAUUACUAAUAGCAGUCAAUUUAAACAUCAGGAAGCAAUGGAUGUGAAGGAGUUUAAAGCAAAUAAGCAAGAUAAAGCUGAUCUUAUCCGACCUAAACGUAAAUAUGAGAAGAAGCCCAAAGUCUUACCAUCGUCUGCUGCUGCUACUCCUCAACAGACGAGUCCUGCCGCACUGCCAGUCUUUAAUGCUAAAGAUUUAAAUCAAUAUGACUUUCCAAGCUCAGAUGAAGAACCUCUCUCCCAGGUUUUGUCUGGCUCUUCAGAAGCUGAAGAAGAAAAUGAUCCGGAUGGUCCUUUCGCUUUCCGUAGGAAAGCAGGCUGUCAGUACUAUGCUCCUCACUUAGACCAAACUGGCAACUGGCCUUGGACUAGUCCUAAAGAUGGAGGAUUGGGGGAUGUACGAUAUAGAUACUGCUUAACGACCCUCACCGUACCCCAAAGGUGUAUUGGAUUUGCACGAAGACGGGUUGGGCGCGGUGGAAGGGUCUUACUGGACAGAGCUCACUCAGACUAUGACAGUAUGUUUCGCCAUCUGGAUUUGGAAACGCUUUCCUCUCCACAACAUUCUCCAGUCAAUCAGUUUGCCAAUACCUCAGAAACAAAUACCUCGGACAAAUCUUUCUCUAAAGACCUCAGUCAGAUACUAGUCAAUAUCAAAUCAUGUAGAUGGCGGCAUUUUAGGCCUCGGACACCAUCCCUACAUGACAGUGACAAUGACGAACUCUCCUGUAGAAAAUUAUAUAGGAGUAUAAAUCGAGCAGGAACAGCACAACCCGGGACCCAGACCUGCAGUACCUCCAUGCAAAGUAAAAGUAGCAGUGGUCCAGCACAUUUUGCAUUUACAGCCGAACAAUACCAGCAACAUCAACAGCAACUGGCACUAAUGCAGAAACAGCAGCUUGCACAAAUUCAGCAACAGCAAGCAAAUAGUAAUUCCUCCACCACCACUUCACAGAACCUUGCAUCUAACCAGCAGAAAAGUGGCUUUCGCCUGAAUCUACAUCAUAGCCAUUCUAUGCAGGGUUUAGAAAGAACAUUACAGGGUUUUGUUUCCAAGACUUUGGAUUCUGCUAGUGCUCAAUUUGCUGCUUCUGCUUUGGUGACAUCAGAACAACUGAUGGGAUUCAAGAUGAAGGAUGAUGUGGUGCUGGGAAUUGGGGUGAACGGCGUCCUUCCAGCCUCAGGAGUAUACAAGGGCUUACACCUCAGUAGUACUACACCAACAGCACUUGUACAUACGAGUCCAUCAACGGCAGGUUCAACUUUGUUACAGCCUUCAAACAUGACACAGACUUCAGGUUCCCACAGUGCACUGAGUCAUCAAGUAACUGCUGCCAAUUCUGCAACAACUCAGGUCCUGAUUGGGAACAACAUUCGAUUAACUGUACCUUCAUCAGUUGCCACUGUAAACUCUAUUGCCCCCAUAAAUGCACGACAUAUACCUAGGACUUUAAGUGCUGUUCCAUCGUCUGCCUUAAAGCUGGCUGCCGCAGCAAACUGUCAAGUUUCCAAGGUUCCAUCUUCAUCUUCUGUAGAUUCAGUUCCAAGGGAAAAUCAUGAAUCAGAAAAGCCAGCACUAAACAACAUAGCAGACAAUACAGUAGCGAUGGAGGUGACGUAGCUUCCUCAGGAGUGGAACUGCAGCCUGGGGACUUGAUUAGGUGCUAUGCAUCAGUAGCAUUUUGAAUGCAAGGGAUGAUGGAAUGCAGCACAUGCGUUUCUGUGGCAGCUGUGGGGACUUGACAGCAAUGCUCAUCUCUCAUGCUUCAAUUUUUCUUUUCUUAUUGUUAAUAGGAAAAAAUCAACAUCUGUAAAUUAAGAAUACAGCAAUUAUCUGUACAGUA